GUACAAUCAUUUAAUGAUAAAAUAUACAGACAAAAUAAAUACAAAUAAUAUUAAAAACUAUUUACAAAAUAAGCUUAUCAGGCCUAUCUCCACAAGCUAUUAUUCACAGAAGUCCUGCAGCCUUAUGUACUUCUUUCAGGUAGGUCUCAAAAUUGUCCAAACUGGUAAAUCGUUACGAUAACAUGUUAUCGUAACGAUAUUAUUCAUAAUAUCAUUUAAGGUUAGUAUUGUAUCAAGCAUCAUUAUGAAGGUAUCAUUUUCGUUACCUGAAGGAUGAAGGCUAUCAGAGAAAUAGUGCAGCUGAACUCAAGUAAAUUUUAAGAAACUGUCUCGAUUUUACCGCUUCUGCAAAACCUAAAGAAUUGUCAAUUGGAUGCACCAAUCGUAUCGUGACAGUUUAACCUUCAAAUUCUCUGUAACCUCGAACAAUGGACGAUGCCACUGGAUCGUUGCCGGGACGAAAGAAAAAGAGUUAAGGAUCAGGAAGGUCAGUACUGCUAGAGGGUCGUGAUAUAACUGUGUUCAUGUCCAGUCACUGAGAUCUUAUGCAAAUAGAUUAUAAUCUCUUAUGUUGAAUUCGGACUAAUAUUUAGGAAUUGACUAGUUACGUGGAUGUAUUAUGCGUCUCAGUAUCACUUCACGUUAAGUAUCAAUAAUAGUGGUGAUUACGACCGACUUAAUACGUUUUAGAUUUCUACUUUAUGAUAACACUAAUCUACCAUCAGUGACCGUUAAAAUCAGACUUGGAGCUCACUGUAUAUUUUUUGGGCUCUAAUAAGCUUAUGUGUGCCGGAAUCUUCUUUUUAUUGUGCAUUAAGCACUUGAUUAGUUAUUGGAUGCCAAUAGAUUUUUUGGAUGGUGCAGAUCCGAGAAACGUGAUAGUAGACGUCCUUUAACUGUUCGAGAUGUGAGUUUAAUUCGCUUGGCAAAGAAUGGGGAUUUGGAUUCAAUCAAACAAAUGAUAAAGGAAGGAGUAAACAUAAACGAGCAAGAUGAAACAGGUUGGACUGUAUUGCACGAAGCAUGUGUGCGGAACCUUCCACGUAUGGUUGAUUAUUUGCUACGACAUGGAGCUGAUCCUAGUAUCUCAAACAUAAGCGGUGAAAUGGCACUUCAUUGUGCUGCGCGAGUAGGAUGUCUGCGUAUUGUUCGAGCGCUCAUAUACUACAACGCCGACCCUUUGGUGUCGAACCACAGGGGUGAGAAACCUUUGGACUUGUGUCAUGACCCUGAGGUAUCCAGUUUUCUCAAACAACAUACUGAAACUAACCAAUCACACAUGUUAACAUCGUCUGGUUCUGGGAAAUCAUCACAUUCGAAAGUUCGCCAACAUGCACACGGUACAAAACAUCUGAUGUCUUCUUUUUCUGGUACGACAAUAUCCAGUUCUACUGAAUAUUAUGGUGGUGGGGGUAAAGAUAACAGUAGUAUAGCAAGUCCAUCAAAUGUUUGUUCAGACUCAGAAGAUGAUGGUCAUUCGCAUUCAGGUUUGAGUGUAACUACCAAUACAUCUCACCAUAAUAUUAGUCCUAUUAAUACUAACCAGCAGUUAGAUUUGAAUUGCUUAUCAUCUACCGGUCAUCAUAACCAUCCAACAUCUAGCCCAUCAUUGUCGUCUGUACCCAAGUCCGUAACUGAUGUGCACAUCUCUUCAGCAAAGUCAUGUGAGUGUUUUUCACGCAUGUAUGCUUCUACAUAUCCCCCUCUUAUUACAAACUGUUUGGCUUAUCCUUUGUUGUAAACUUUAUGCAAUAUUAUGGUGUACUAUUCCAGUAAUUAUUCACAGAUCUCAAUGCUUGUCUGUGUUAUAUAUAGUGAAUUUUGCAAUAGCUAUCAAAAUCAACUGAAAGACUGCUCAGAUUGUACAUGAGAAUAUAUAGAUUUGCUC